AUGGCUCAACCUCAACCUCGCCGCUUCGCCCAGAUCGUCCAUCUCAAGCCCUCCGCGGUUACUGCAUACAAGGAAUGCCACGCCAAUGUCUGGCCUGAGAUUCUUCAAAAGAUCAAGGAGUGCAACAUUGUAGACUACUCAAUCUACUUCGACGAUGAUCGGACGCUCUUCGCGACAUUCAAGUAUGUCGGCACAGACAUCGUCGCUGAUAUGAAGAACAUGAGAUCAGACCCUAGAAUGAGAGAGUGGUGGGCUAUGACUGAUGAGAUGCAGGAGAGCCCUAUUCCUGGAGCAGUAAGCACUGUCGAGGGUCCAGGGUGGUGGAAGAACUUGGAGGAGGUGUUCCACACAGAGUAG